CCUUCAAGUUGGAGCGCUUCGCUGAAUCGCGCUUUUCCACAACAUCUCAACUGUGGCUGCUUCACCGCGCUGCAACUUGUAUGAGGACUUCAUUCCAUUAAUAACUGACGCUAAAGAGAGGGAAAGGACACUGUAUCGUAUUGUAUCCGCGAUGGAGAGAGGAAUCAGAUAUUACCGGGUUAAUGCUUUCUGCACCCUGCUUUUGCUUUUGUUCGCUUGGGUUCCGGUGACCAAAACAGUGAUAACUUGCAGGUCAUGUCACCUGCUGGAUAAGUGGAGCGGUCGAGAAUUACUGGUGAGGAUGGACAGUGGUGUCGAUUUUGGUAAAGUUAGUGACAAAAAUGGAGACGGGUCAAUGGCGCUGUUUAAUUCGGCUGGUGCUGAAACUGGUCAACCCGAAUGCGGCGCAACCGACAACUGCAAACACGCUCACUUUGUGCGUAAAAGGAAUACAGACAGGCUCCGCUCGGAGAAAAUGCCACGCGAUGAUAAAUGGAAGUCGAUGCGCAGUAAUGGCAAAGUUUAUAACCUCAAACGUCCAGGUUCACACGGUUCAGCCCCUGGAGAUCCCCAUCACCGAGUGCGUAGAAGCACCCAGGGACCCGACUCGCCUCCAGGUGCGCGCUCGCUGCCUUUUGGCAACAGCGCCGCGCGGGCUGCGCGGAGAGUCCCCCGCUCUGAGCUGACAUGGAACCGGGAAGAGCGGAGAACGGCCACAUCGCGACAGGAGGAGCUGAAACUUACCAGCUCUACCUUUGCGCUGACAGGGGAUUCCGCUCACAACCAAGCCAUGGUGCACUGGUCCGGCCAAAACAGCAGCGUGAUUCUCAUGCUGACCAAACUGUAUGACUUCAAUCUGGGCAGUGUCACAGAGAGCUCCUUAUGGAGGUCAACAGAUUAUGGAACAACUUACGAGAAACUCAAUGAAAAAGUGGGCGUAAAGAUUAUCCUCAGCUAUCUAUAUGUCAGCCCCAACAACAAGCGCAAGAUCAUGUUGCUGACAGAUCCAGAGGUGGAGAGCAGUUUGCUCAUCAGCUCAGAUGAAGGCGCAACCUAUCAAAAAUAUCGCCUCAACUUCUACAUCCUCAGCCUGUUGUUUCACCCUGAGCAGGAGGACUGGAUCCUUGCCUAUGGCCAUGACCAGAAGCUCUACAGCUCUGUUGAGUUUGGCCGUCGAUGGCAGCUCGUUCACGAACAGGUGGCGCCCAAUCGAUUCUACUGGUCUAAACUGGGCCUUGAUAAAGAGCCAGGCCUGAUUCACCUUGAGACCAGCAUCUCAGAAACCCAGGCUCUUUAUAUCACAUGCAAGCUUCAGAACUGCACAGAUGCCAACAAGGGCAAACCUUUUCCUGGAUACAUCGACCCCAACUCCUUGGUGGUCCAAGAUGAGUAUGUGUUUGUUCAGGAUCUGCAUGUGAUCAGUACAGAUGAGAAUCGGGUCGUGGCGGCAGUUCAAGAGUGGAACCAGAAUGACACUUACAACCUGUAUGUGUCAGAGGCCGGAGGCAUUUAUUACACACUGGCUUUGGAGAACGUCAUGAGCAGUAUGGGACCAGAGGGAAAUGUCAUGAUAGAUCUAUAUGAGGUGGCAGGAAUAAAAGGCAUGUUCUUGGCCAAUAAGAAGCUAAAUAAUGAGGUGAAGACAUACAUAACCUAUAACAAAGGCCGCGACUGGAGGCUCCUGCAGGCUCCCUCAGCUGAUCUCAGAGGAAAUAGAAUCCAUUGCAUGCUGCCGUACUGUUCUCUGCAUCUUCACCUGCAAGUGUCUGCAAACCCGUACACAUCUGGAAAUAUAGCCAGCAGAGAGUCGGUCCCUGGAAUCAUAGUGGCAUCAGGUUCAAUUGGCGCAGAGUUAACGAGCAGCAAUGUUAGCAUGUUCAUCACAUCCGACGCUGGAAACACGUGGCGGCAGAUAUUUGACGAAGAGUACAGUGUGCUGUAUCUGGAUCAAGGCGGGGCUUUAGUGGCAAUUAGACACACCCCUCUUCCCAUCAGGCACCUCUGGUUGAGCUUUGAUGAGGGGAGGGUAUGGAACAAAUACAGUUUCACUUCAUCACCCCUGUUCGUGGACGGCGUCUUGGGCGAACCAGGCGAGGAAACGCUCAUAAUGACGAUCUUCGGUCAUGUCAGUCACCGCUCAGAAUGGCAGCUGGUAAAGAUAGACUUCAGGUCUAUCUUUAACAGAAGAUGCGUCGAGUCUGACUAUGUGCCGUGGGAUUUACAUGACCAGGGUGAACGCUGCCUCAUGGGAGUCAAAAGAGUUUACCAAAAGCUGAGGCCUAUAGCAAGGUGUGUUAUGGGUAAAAUCUACUCUGUCACAACGAUUUCCGAGCCAUGUGACUGCACUGAGUCGGACUUUGAGUGUGAUUAUGGCUUCGAGAGAAGAGCUAAUGGGAAAUGUACUCCGGCAUUCUGGUUCCUCUCCUCCUCCAUGUCUCGGACCUGUACUACAGAACACACGUUCCUCAACAGCACUGGGUACAGAAAGGUGGUGUCUAAUAACUGCACUGGAGGGGUGAUGGAGCAGUACACGGCUCGUAGGCAGCUAUGCCCUAGCCAGGCCCCUCGCGGCCUCCACUUAGUGACCAGCGAAGGGAAGCUAACGGCGACUCUUGCCAGCAACGUCACCUUCCUCGUCUUCCUGGAGGAGGGUGAUGGAUCGAAAACCAGCAUAAUGGUGGAUUUCGGCGACGGAAAUGCUUUCACCUACUCCAACGUGAGCUCUAUCGAGGAUGGCAUUAAACACAUCUACAAGAACGUGGGAAUCUACCGAGUGUCAGCCACGGCGGAGAACAGUCUGGGCUCUGAAACGGUGCUCCUCUUCCUACACAUUACGUGCCAACUGGAGUCUAUUCAUCUCUCUGCCCCUUUUGUCGCUGUGAAAAAUAAAGAAGUCAAUCUGACGGUGGUUCUCUCGCCAAGCCAAGUAGGAACGGUCACCUAUAUCUGGUGGUUUGGGAACAAUUCAGAGCCCGUGAUCACGCUGGAGGGGAGUGUGGCGUUCACGUUCUCUCGAGAGGGAAUCAGUGUUGUCACUGUACAGGUGUCCGCUGGGAAUACCAUCCUGCAAGACAGGAAAACCAUCGCUGUCCACGAAUACUUCAGAUCUCAUCUUCUUGCCUUUUCGUCUAAUCUGGAUGAUCACAACCCUGAUGUGACUGAAUGGAGGCUUGAUGCGAGUCGAGUCAUUAAAACCUCUAUGGUGCAGGCGACAGGGGUGAAAUCAGAGCAGCUGUUGGUCACUGUGUUGCCUGGACUGCCAACAGCAGCCGAGUUCUUUCUGUUACCAGACAUACGGCUGACAGAGGGGAAACCAGACAAAACAGCUACUCAUUUAGACCAGCUCUCAGAACUGGUUCUCAGUGCUCUGAAUCAGAAUCUGGUUCAGUUCACACUCAGACCAGGAGUCCAGAUCACAGUAUACGCUGCCCAUUUAUCAGCAGCGCCUUUAGUGGACACAAGUGACAAUCACAGUGGCUCAGCUAUGCUAAUGCUCCUGUCUGUGGUGGUGGCGGGUUUAGCGGUGUUCCUCAUCUAUAAAUUCAAAAGGUAUUGUUAUCCAUUUUUUAAAACUUCAACCUGGAUCAUAAUGCAUAUAUUAGCAGUUAAAAAUAUGGUUAGCUUUGUAAAUUGGUUAAAUGUCUAGCGGCAAGAGCCUGGGGAAGCCUGGAAGAUUACAAGUUAUUUAUAAAGUAGUCAAG